CUACUCGGCGCAACCAACAGGUGAGAGCAGCAGCGAGAGACACUCCCUGGAUUUUCGAUGCUGCUGCUGUUGCUCCGUCGUAUAAUGCACGCGAGCACUCCGGGGCGAUAAUCAGUUGUACGCCGUUGUGUGCAGACGUCGUCGUUAUCGCGCUGGUCGCAAGCACGAGACAGAGAGAGACAGAGAGUAGUAGGAAAGUCGAGGCCUCUCGGCGGACGAGCUUGCACAAGGGAGCGAGCUUUUUUUCUCUCAGUCAAUUCGCGCGCGAUGCCAGGCGCGGAACUUUCGAGUUGUCCUCGGCUAUCCUCGAGAUCAUCGAGUGUACUGCGAUCAUUUUACUGCUACGACUACCACUUGUGACAAUGCGAACUGCGAGAGUGAGAUGGUAGCCGUGUAAGUGGCAAAAUCCGAGUAACAACAACAACAACGAUAACAAAAACUCGGUGAAGGUGAGCCCGAAGCAACGCAAGCUCCGAUGAAAAUAGUGAAGUGUGCACCAUGAAGAAACGCAAAGUCGACUACCGUUUUAACGCGCGUCGCAGGGAUCUUGAAAAUUGAAAACAAAGAGUAGCUCUUGACGACGCGACGAUGAAGUGCCACCCGUGAGGAGCGAGGAAUCGUCAGAAUUCGUGAGUCGAGUGUAAAUAUAAUCGCAUUGGGCAAAGAAGAAGAACAGUACGUUUGAUCGCUAGAAUCAGCUCUUUCCAAUCGUCCUUCGUCGGUUUUGUAAACACAUUCGAUUUCGCCGAUCUCCCAUAAGCCAUAAUCAAAACGUAGCUGAUCGAGAGUCGUCGGCUGCGAAAGCUCCGACAGAAAAAAAGUACAACAAUGAAGAGAUUCACCAAAGUGCAAGAUAAUACACGCAGAUAAUACGAUGGUCUCGCGGUCGAGAAUAGCAGCAGCGGCAGCAACACGUGCUUGAAAGAAUCCAGGACCGCAGAAUGCCCCAGGGCAGUCUCCAAUGGCAGGGUACGCAAAGACGGACUUACGCGCCCGGAGCGAAUUGGAAUGUUCAGGUAGUCAGAGGUAAAGUAACGACGCGCUGCCUGUGGCACGCCUGCAAGGCCCUCGGCAUCGGAUUACUGCUCAUGAUUUUGGGCGCCUGCAUGGCCACGAUAGGCUAUUACGCGGAUCAAUUGUCAGUGGCGCAAGAAGUACGUGGCAACUUGACAGUGAGAGUGAAAAACGAGUCGAAAGGCUUUCACCUGAACAAUUUGAGCUACGCUGGACCAAUUGUCAUGGGCGUCGGAGGCUUCAUCGUGGUGGCCGCGUGCGUGAUGACUUUCGAGGCGCGCGACAGCGCAGCCAAGGUCGUGCCGGCGCGCUUUCGCUUCAAUCAUCAGCAGUCGACGACGCAGCACCACCAGCUCACUCGGGGCGCCAAGAGCCAGCGCAGCCGCAAGUCCACCUCGAGCCAGACCAGCAAGUGGGACCAGCAGCUGGGCCUGUUCCGGGUGAAUCGCAGCCCCAGUCCGAGUCUGCGUGACUCGGGCGUCGGCGGCGCCGGCGGUAGCGGAGGCGGCACGCAGCAACAACAGCAGCAUAGAAGGCAACAGCUCACCGCCGAGUUCGUCCAGUUCUCGAAGGAACUGCAGGGCAAGGGCGUGGCGAGUCCGAUCAAGAAGAGCCCGAGCGCGCCGAGCCUCGUGCCGGCCGAGAAGAAGACGUCGCCGCGCAGCAGGACGCCGAAAUUCGGCGGCCAUCAGGGCUGCGCGCUGCUGAAUCCCGAGCUGCUCAAGAGACACGCCGUGUCCGUGGAUAAUCCGAGCUACAAUCCUCAUCAGAUGAGUCGAGAACACUCGGAGCAUCAGCGACUGAACGGCAGUCAGGCCUCGAUGGCGAUGGACCUGCACCUGCCCAACAAGGGCCCCGUCACGCUGAAGAUCAAGGAUCGCUCGGACACGGCGCGACGUCAUCAGCUGUCGCGACAGACGAAGAUCGAGGACGCCGAGGAUCUUGAGGAGGCCAGAAGGACCGCCGCGGCAAUUCGGUCCUACUCGCCGAAACUUCCCGAAAACUUGGGCAGCAUAAGGUAUCCCGACGAUUUCGUGCCGCGGCGCAAAAAUUCCAUAGACCUGAGGAUACUGCAGGACCUGCCGCUCAAGGAGAUGGCGAUGAAAACGUCGCCCAAGGACUUUCGGAAAAUUUCAUCGCCCAACUUCCGCAAAAUGUCGCUCGAUAAAUUGGCGGCUGGUGGUAGCGGCGCUACAGCAGCUGACCGCAGGUCGAUGAUGGGCUCCCGCAAGGCGAGCUUGGAAUUUCGGCGCAGUCCCGACUUUCGACGAUCCGACUACAGAAAGUACUCGAUCGAGCGCUUCACGGCCGACUGCGCCAAGUACCUGGUCGACGAGCUUCAGGGCAGCAGAGCUGCUGCUCCUCGGGCCAGCAGCGGUGAGAACCUCCUGCAGCAGCAGCAACAGCUACAACAACAGCAGCAACAGCAACAGCAACAGCAACAACAACAGCGAGGCCGAUCACGUCAUCCGAAACUCUAUCAUUCGCGCUCGGAUGACAACAGGCGGCGAUCGUUCGACCGACAUCGCGGCGACUCUCUGGCGAGCCGUUAUUCCCUGAACACGCAGGUCGUCAUCGAGGACCGACCGCUGGACAGGUACGAGCUCAAGUACUUCUCGUCCACGGCGGCGACCUCGCUCGACACCGAGGAGACCUACAGCCGUGGCGACGCCAACUCCGACGGCGGCUCGAGCCACAACAACGACGAGCGGGUCCUGUCAGCCAGCGCGCUCUCCGACACCUGCUGCGACCCGGACGCUUUACUGGAAGAACCCGAGCUGGAGAAUCUACCCGACGACGACGACGACGACGAUGGGAACGAGGGAUCGUCGGCAGCGGCCGAGUCGACGACCGCUGGAACGACGACAGUCGUCGUGGUCGACAUCGAGAGGCACGUCGAGGAGCGGGAGGAUAUUCAGAAGCCAUCGACGAGCAGCGGCGGCGGAGGUAACGAGACGGCGAUCGAUAUGGGCGAGUACGACGUUUAUAGUACGUAGAUAAGACGAUGAUGUUGUAAAUUUCGUUUUGACUGAUAUGAUGUAUCUCGAGCGUUGACAUUUUUUACGACUUUUUUAUAUAUCUAUGAUACUCUUUCGUUAUCGGUUCGUUAUUAAUAUUACAAUAACGUUGCAUAGCUAAGCGAAUUGCAAUGUGAAGAGCUUAAAAUAUAUGAAACACACACACACAGUCGAGUCCGCGACGAUAUCCGUGCACUGCACUAUUAUUUAUAACAAAAGCGGAUACGUAAUGUUUGAUCGCGCAUAUGUACGCUCGAAAUGGGUCAUAGACCAUGUGAGACGUAUAAUUCACAACGCGAGCUGCACUCGAGAGCUGUCGCCCUCCUCCACGGCACGCAUCAAUUAAGCGUUAAGGUUACUCCGUGUAAACGAAUCGUUUUCGAGGAUGUGCGUGUAAUAUUAAAUUAUUGUGUACAGCGAUUGUAGAUUUGUAACGCGAAGUGAUUGAAAUUAAAUGAGUUUACGGCUCUGUACAAACUAAAGUCUAUAACGUAGUGUUAUAUAAAUACAUUAUAUUAUAUAUUCGAUAAUAAUGAUCUGAAGAAACAUAGAAAAAAAAAUGAAUAAAACACGAGUUAAUUAUUUAUGUAAACGUAGCUUUUAUCUAUUAUAUCUGAGCAAUUCUCUCGAAUACACACUCAAACUGUCCACGAAUUUCCGAUAAGCUUUUUUCGGUGCGCGCGAAUAUUUCGCGGGUAUAUAUAUAAAAAAAAAGUCACGUCGAACGCAGCGACGCGCUUUUGCACUAUACGCAGCUCUCGCUCAAUAUUCUAUACUCGUAUUGUACCGCGCUGAAAAUUGACUAUAACAUUCGAAUUGCGUUUCAAAUCGAGACAAUCAAUGAAGAAAACUACUCUUUUUCCCUCCCUCAAAAAACGUACACGCUCUUUGUCUGUAAGUAUAUUGCGAAAGAGGAAAAUAUGCAAUAUGUUCCUCUUACGAUAUAGGGCUCGCUCGUAUAGCUUGAUUUUAUAACGAAGGAGUAAAGAAAAGGAUCGAAAGGAAGCUGUGUAUCUUCUGUACUCUAUCUUCUUCCAAACUAUGGCCUAUAAUUUCGUGAAGCAACAUUUUGCCUUUUUCUAGUUAAUACGCUAUACGUACGGUCGUUCGAUUCGAUCAGCGACGAAACGACGCUCUAUACAAUGAACUCAGCGAUAUAAAUUUUUACCCUUUGCUAAUGUAGUUAUCUAUCGAUUUUAUGGAACCUAUCAGUGAAUAAUCGAAUGAUUCUCAUCGAAUAAUUCCUCUAUACACAUAGAUUAAAAUAUAAAAUAUUUUGUAAUAGGCGUUCUUUUUGUAAUUGGUAAAAAUCCACUUUACCAUUAACAAAAAAAAUCUUGAACUGGUUUUUAUUGACUAUCUUAAUGGUUUUUUUUUCAUUGUAUUACGAGAAAAGAAUCGUUUUUAAAAUAUUUUUAUAACUUCUCGGUCGUUCGAAACGACGCCGAUGCCAAUUAUGGGAAAUGUCAAUGAUUUUACUAUUCUGUAUGAAAAUAUUUCAUCUCGAAUCAAUUGUUUAAUAAUAAUGUGCUAUUGUAUAAUUCGAUUAAAAAUCGAAUGAUCGUUGAUAUAUAGUUAUUUUUGAGAUCAUAUAAAGUGUAAAAUAAAAUAAGAAUUAUCAGUGGCUGAUAAAUUGCAGUUUUUUUAAAGUAUAGUGAUACUCGUUCACGAAAAUAAAAAAAAUAUUAUAUUAUAGUACACUGAGAAUUACUGAAAUAAAAAAGUAUCUUAUAAGAAAAAAAUCUAGACAGUUAUAAUACUUGAUGUAUUUAUACGAAACGAGCUAUGUGACUAUACAUACCAUAAAAUAAACAAAAAAUAAAAGCCACGUGCGUAACAAUAAAUAGCGAAUAAACAAGAAAUUUGUAUUGUUGAAUUUUUUUGUUGAUAAUCAUGUCGAGUCCCCCCCCCGAGAAAAUAAUGCGUUCGAGCAAGUAUAUUUUGAAUGAUUGCGUAUUUUUUUACUAAAACAACUUGAAGCGUGAGGCUUUGCGAGCAAAGCUGAGGGUUUUAAUCUUUAAAUUUUCUCGUUUUUAAAAAACCGAAUGAAAUAAAAGAUCUAUGAUAAAUAAAAACACUCACAUAAUAAUUAACUGUUAAUUAAUCUAUUACUGUAAAUUAGAUGAAAAUGAAGAUGUGUGGACAAAAUUCCGAAUAUUGACUUUUGGACUUGUUCGUCUGUUAUUUCAUACUUGUUGCUUUACUCAAAUAAUUAACGGCGAGGUUUUGAUUAUUUUUAUAAAACUAAAGAAAAAGGAAUAAAUUAGAUUUGAAUACCACAAAAAGUAAUGAUUUUGUAAACGUCGCUUCCGCGCGCAAUGAAAAAUUUUUUAUACAAUGUUGUUGAGUUGAACAAAAAGUAUAACAGUUAAAAUUCAUUUGAAUGAAUAAAAAUAUAAGCAUAAAAAAAACAUGAAAUGUUUAGAUUUCUAAAAAUACCUUUGACGUUUUUUGUACGUAUAAUUAAUGGUUUAAAAUUUAAAAAAAAAAAAAUGAAUAAAACUCGAUGAAGCAAAACCAUCACCAAUCUGUGAUCUAAUAUUGUAUAAUUGGUAAUAGAAAGCUAUAUGAAGUAUUUGACGCCGAGAGCGGUGCAGCUGUCAAAUGUUUGAUUCUCAAGCUAUCGCGCGCGGAUAUCGUCGAAUAUCAUAUGGCGUCGUAUUUUAUCGAUGUAGGAUAGUAGAGAAGCGAAGUACUUGAGAAUUGCACACGUUCACGAGCUGAAUAGAACACGAGCAAUGUUAUAGAAAGCAUAAAAAUAAAUGCAUACAAUUAUAUAUAAUACAAGAUUCUAUGUUAUGUAUAUAAGUCAUGAAAAAUCAUUGUAACCUUUGCAUGCUAAUUGUUGUGACAUAUCAAUAAAAAAGAAAAAAAAAUUUGUCGAUGUAAAGAGUUUACUGUUUGUAAUC